AUGGCAAACGUAGAGACCAAGAAGAAUAGUUACCUGGAGAUGGCGCCUAUGCCAAUGGUGACGCCAGAGAGUGAAAGUGAAAUAUUGUUGCCGCCGUUGCCCAACGACGAAACAGGGACGGUUCCUAGUAGCAUAAUGAGCGACCAUAAGGCGUCGGUGGCUACAUCGAUGUCAAACGAAAGCUGUGUAUCGCUAGAGUUGGAUACAACGGGGAAGGAGUCGCUGUUCAACGAAUUUGUACAGAAUCCAAAGUACGAGUUGAACUCGCCUAGUUUGAAUAUAGAUCCGUUGUUUGCCAACUUGGCGUUGAAUGAAGCACCCCAGAUGGCCGAUCAGACAACCACACAGUCGAACAACACUUCGCCUUUGAAGCGGUUGAAAAACUUGAAGAAAGGCAUCCGGAAGCUUUCACUCUCUAAGAUGAACGCUCCUUCGUUGAAUGUUCUGGUGUCGAAUACUUCGCUGAGUGUCAGACCGGGAGUGAGUCCCCUAACCACCACCGAAGACACUAUCGACUCGUUUCUGUCGGCUUCGACGAUCGAUUCAUUGCAUUCGGCCGCCAAGGUGAGGAAAUCAAGCUUGAUCACUCCCAUGACGACGCCGAUCGGUUCGCCUGUGGGAUCUCCUAUCAUAACGUUAUCGGAAAACUUGUCGGGUUCGUCCAAGAAUAUUGACGACUUCGAGCGCAAUUUCUUCCGUAACUUAAAUAGCAAUGAUUCUACUACAGAAGUCUCCUCGAUGGCAGACUUAACGAAGCUCGAAGAUUUAAUCAACUACCUGAACUUCCUAAACCAUCUGAAGGUACAGGUUAUCGAUGCUUUUGAGUUGACUAAAGAAAGAUUGAUUAAAUUUGGUUGGUGUUCAGAUGACGAUUUGAAUAACUUGCAAUUCCAGAAAGAUUCUUCAUUGCUGCAGAUCGACACUAGAAUAUUACAGCUCGAGAAAAAAUUGAACAAACAGUACAACACAUCAAUAUUGUUAUGUUCGAACAACAAGGUCCAGAAAAAAACGAACUCAAUUAGUUCAAGUAUCAGCUCGAUUGACAACUUGAAUUACGCCAGCGAGAACUCGAAAGCAUCCUCUAUCAGUUUAAAAAACUUAGAGAGUAGAUGUUUUUCGUAUCCCGAUUUUUGA